AUGGGUCGUUAUUUCCUGGAACAUCUUGGCGGUCGUCGAAUUUUUUCGUGUGAUAGCUGUAAAGCCUUUCUGACAAAUGAGGAUGAACUGAUCUCGAAGCAUUUUACUGGAUCAACGGGUCCAGCUUUCCUUUUUGACCGUGUCGUGAACAUUGAAUAUUCAGAGAUGCAAUUGCGCACGAUGAUUACCGGUCGGCAUAUUGUUCGAGACGUCAUUUGUAAGCGGUGUAAGACAAAACUUGGUUGGAUGUAUGAAUAUGCAAUGAAUGAACCUCAAAAGUACAAGGAAUCUAAAGUUAUUCUAGAAAGAGCUCUGAUCGAAAUGAGUGAAGGCAUCGAUAAUCCUGUUGACGAUGGGAGAGAGCCACGACAACGAUACACCUAG